AUGACAGCCAGGCAGGCAGAACCACCAAUGGAAUUUGCCUGCGAGUUUGUUUACAUCCCAACCUCAGCCAAUCAGAAGGAGGGUCAAAGAUCACUUCAGAAUGUCAUUAAACGCUCAGCUCUCCUUCCCCCAAUCAACAAGGUACGUCCUCGCACCCCUCCUCCUCUACCCCCAGCCAAGGCUACCGAGCUCGAGAGACCACGGUCGUUCCCCUCCACUCAGAAGUUCAUUGAAACCUUGGAAAAGGAAGACGAUGUUGGAAAAGCGGCCAAGCCAUCUCCCUGUUACGAGAACGCCAGCUUUCUCCGCAAAGAGGGCGCGGCAGCGGCUGGCGGUGGCACGGUCCCUCAGCAGACGACCUCAACCCGUAAAACAGAUGAGCCUCGCACCACUGUCUACCCCUGGGACCCAAACUACUCCUACAAUAACCCAGAAUGCACCGGUGGAGAGGCCAAACCACUGUUAGCUGCUGGCCACAGUGUGGCGGCGCAGAAGACUGCACCGCCACUCCCUCCAAGACCAGAGUUCAUGAAGUCCAUCCCAGAGUACCUAGUGCUGUUGCCUGCCUCUGCCACACCUUCAUCAUCCUCACAGAAGUCCCCCUCACCCAAUCCCAUCACCACAGCUCCUACGGGACUGGCAGAUAAAGGACCUCUACUGGGGAAUCCAAAUGUUAUCCUGGUCAGUCUGGGAAAACUGCUCACCGAGGAAAACGAGGAAAAUGGGUAUACCAUACUGGGAGAACCCACCCUCUGCUCACAGUGUGGCUCUGUGCUGGAUUUCGACUAUGACAAUGUGAUAAGUGAAUGUUACUUCUGUCAGUCAUGGGAGCCCCCGAACCAGGACUCUUCCCCGAAAUCCCUGUGUACGCAAAAUAUCUGCCCCUACGGCCUCUUCCUGCUGAACCCCAGGGACACGCCCGUCUCGCCAGCGGAUGCUCUGCUCCUCUUCUGCAUCGAUAUCUCGGGCUCCAUGAGUAUGACCUCCCAGGUCUCUGAUGGAGAGCAGGUAGUCUACAGAUCACGUCUACAGUUCGUCCAGGAAGCUGUUCUGCAGAGUGUUCAGAGACUGAGUCAACAGCAGCCGGAUGUACGCCUGGGCCUCAUCACCUUCAACAACCAGGUGAUGAUACACGGCUAUAGGGAGUUUACCUCACACUUCCUGUCUGGCGCAGAGUUGAUUGACAGCGAAUAUUUGAAGGAGACUGCGUUCAGCCUCCCAAGUCCACCGCCCCUCCACCGAACCCGGGACAGCCUACAGAGGGAGGUUCUCAGCUUGUGUGAGAGCGGGGCCACAGCCCUGGGUCCUGCCGCUCUCGUCGCCAUAGCGAUGGCGUCCAGACAACCUGGGUCAAAGGUGAUCAUCUGUACGGACGGGAAAGCCAACACAGAGCUGGGGAACCUGGAGGUGGAGGACAGUGACUCCCGGACGCUCACCUCCUCCACUAUCUUCUAUCAGGACCUGGGGGAGUACGCCGCCAUGCAGGGUGUGACCGUGUCUGUGCUGACCAUCGAGGGGACAGACUGCCGGUUGGACGAGUUGGGCAGACUUGCAGAUCGCACCGGAGGGAAGGUGGUGAUAGCAAGCCCUCAUAAGCUGCACACAGAAUUUGAAGAGAUUAUUGAGAACAGGACCAUAGCCACACACUGUAGCGUCACCUUACUGCUGCCCAGGACACUACAUAUGAUAGGUGAGAGGGAAACGGGACAUAAAGCGAUGCGAGAGGUGGGGAACGUGUCGCCGAAUACAGAGAUAACGUUUCAGUUUGGAGCCAAGCAACACAGUUCAGAGGCUCCCGCCCCCGGCAGCCGUGUGUCUGUCCAGCUGCAGGUUCGGUACAGACGGAGGGACACGCGGAGGAUACUCAGGGUUUUUACUGUGGACCGGGAGGUGACUGACGACAGCUGGGCGGCCCUCUCCUCACUGUCCCUCGCCAUCAUUCAGCUCAACUCGUCGCAGGCCAGCGCUGCUCUCGCCGUCCGAGGUCGCUUCCUGGACGCCCAGAGGGAAGCAGAGACGCAGAGGAAGCUGAUCGAGAGAGCACUGGAGCACAAUCACAGACGAGAGGACAAACAGAUAUACAGUGAAUGGGUUAAAACCAUGGAGCCCAUUUAUGAUGGAAUACAGAGCUAUACCAGGAGAAACUCUGUCGUUUCUGACGUGCAGUCUCUUACAGACACGGGUGCAGCUCUGCUCUACACCAUGAAGCACAGCAACAGGAAGUCCAUCUCACUGAAGGACAAACACAGAUCCUAACCAACCACCACUGCUCUACCACUUACCUCUUCAGGGAGCAACCAAGUCAUGUAUGAGGACUACUGCAGAGUAGAUGACAGCAGUUGCCUGGCAACCAUAAAUGAUUAAUGCUACAAGACGCAAAUAGUAGCACAUAUACAUUAACUGUACAUACUGUCAUCUUUGUUGUAAAAAAGUCAAUUUUUGACAGGACUUGAUUAAAUUCUUC